AAUUAUAAUUAUAUAUAAUUUCCAUAAAUAAAAAUAAGAUUUCUGUAUUUCCUUUAUUUGGUUAUCUUUAUCUCUCACAGUGCCUGCUUCUAUUUCCCCAAAACAUACCAUAGAAAGAGAAAAGAAAAUAAAGUGAAGCAUUGUAGAGAGAGAAACCCAAGAAUCUGAAACUCCGAACCUUUCUAGAGAGAGAAGUGAAACCUUCAGCCGGAAAUGCUUUUAUUUUCCGGCAGUUCCAUUUCUACAUCUCCGACCACCUGUCAUCAUUUGUAACUGUAACUGAAAAUCGAACCUGCAAGAAUACUGAUAGAAGAGAGGAAAGUGUUUUUAUGAGCCAAACAAAAUGCUCGAAGGAGUAAUAGUUGUUGACGAGACGAGCCAAGACAGCGUCGUUUCAAGCAUUAAGAAGAAGAAAUCAGUAGAAUUACAAGAACAACAGGAUAAGGUUCUUGUCUUACUUCCCGACACCAAACAAAUCACUAAAUCGGUUCCACUUGUUGUCUCGGUUCCUGUUCCCAUUCCGGUUCAGCUCCCACCUCAGCCCAUUUUAGGUAACCGAACCCGAUCUCAGUCUGCCACCCGCAGAGUUACUCCCACCGGACUUGAUACCACCGCCGGUGGUGGCUCCACUACUUCAGUGGAAAAACUUCUCCCCAACGGAGAUCUCUAUACCGGGUCGUUCACGGCUAACGCGCCGCACGGAUCGGGUAAGUACCUCUGGACCGACGGCUGCAUGUAUGAAGGAGAGUGGCGACGGGGGAAAGCUUCGGGGAAAGGGAAGUUUUCAUGGCCAUCAGGAGCCACAUUUGAAGGCGAAUUUAAGUCGGGUCGGAUGGAAGGUUUCGGUACGUUUAUCGGAUCCGAUGGAGACACGUAUCGCGGUUCGUGGAACGGGGAUCGGAAACACGGGUUUGGGCAGAAAAGGUAUGCGAAUGGGGAUUUUUAUGAAGGGACCUGGAAAAAGAAUUUGCAAGAUGGUAAAGGAAGGUACGUUUGGAAAAACGGGAAUGUGUAUGACGGUGAAUGGAAAAACGGUGUCAUUUCAGGCCGUGGAGUUCUGAUUUGGGCUAACGGAAAUCGUUACGACGGGCAAUGGGAGAACGGGGUGCCGAAAGGGAAUGGAGUUUUUACUUGGCCGGAUGGUAGCUGUUAUGUUGGUACUUGGAAUAUCAGUAAUAACAGCGGUGGUAAUAAGGAGUUUCCGGGUCAUGAUUUGAAUGGUACUUUUUAUCCUGGAAAUGGUAAAGAUGUUGAUUUGGUGAUGCCUGCUCCGGCCGCCACGAGGAAGAGGUCCUCGGUGGAUGGAGCAAGAGGGAGCGGUACUAUGGUAAAUUUUCCCAGAAUAUGUAUAUGGGAAAGUGACGGUGAAGCUGGCGAUAUUACUUGUGAUAUUAUUGAUACUGUUGAAGCCUCUAUGAUUUACAGAGAAGGGUUAGGGUCGUUGGAUCGAGAUGGGAUUAGGCAGUUUAAAAGAGGGCCAUGCUGUUUUAGUGGCGGUGAAGUUAAGAAACCGGGUGUAACCAUUUCUAAAGGGCAUAAGAAUUACGAUUUGAUGCUAAAUCUUCAGUUGGGUAUCAGGCAUUCUGUUGGGAAGCAUGCCCAGAUUUUAAGACCUUUGAAGCCAAGUGAUUUUGAUCCAAAAGAGAAGUUCUGGACAAGGUUUCCAGCUGAAGGAUCUAAGAUUACACCUCCACAUCAAUCCUUUGAGUUUCGAUGGAAGGAUUAUUGUCCUACGGUUUUUAGACAUUUGAGGGAGCUAUUCCAUGUGGAUACGGCUGAUUACAUGUUAGCUAUUUGCGGAAAUGAUGCCCUUAGAGAGCUGUCGUCUCCCGGGAAGAGUGGAAGUUUCUUUUACCUUACUCAGGAUGACAGAUUCAUGAUUAAGACAGUAAAGAAAUCUGAAGUCAAGGUGCUAAUCAGGAUGCUUCACAGUUAUUACCGACAUGUUUGUCGGUAUGAAAACUCAUUGGUGACUAAAUUUUUCGGUGUUCAUUGUGUUAAACCAAUUGGUGGGCAGAAGACCCGUUUCAUUGUGAUGGGCAAUCUGUUUUGCUCUGAGUAUCGAAUACAUAGGAGAUUUGACCUGAAAGGAUCAUCCCAUGGCCGCACAACUGAUAAGUCUGAGGGAGAGAUUGAUGAAACCACAACUCUCAAGGACCUGGAUCUUAAUUUUGUUUUUCGUCUUCAACAAAAUUGGUACCAGGAGCUAAUCAAGCAAAUUAACCGGGAUUGUGAGUUCUUAGAAGCCGAGAGAAUUAUGGAUUACAGUCUCUUGGUUGGCCUACAUUUUCGUGAUGAUAAUACUUAUGAGAAAAUGGGACUUUCACCUUUUGUUUUGCGCUCUGGAGAUAAUGACUCGUAUCAAAACGAGAAGUUCAUGCGUGGCUGCCGAUUCCUUGAAGCAGAGCUACAAGACAGAGAUCGGAUUUUAGCUGGCUGGAAACCUUUGAUUCGGUUAGGAGCGAACAUGCCAGCAAGAGCAGAUCGAAUGGCACGGAGAAGUGAUUUUGAUCAGUACACCCCUGGUGGGAUUAGUCAUUUGACCCCUUCAAGAAAUGGUGAGAUAUAUGAAGUAGUCCUUUAUUUUGGGAUCAUUGAUAUCUUACAAGACUAUGAUAUUAGCAAGAAAUUAGAGCAUGCUUACAAAUCGUUACAGGCCGACCCUACCUCAAUCUCGGCAGUAGAUCCCAAACUCUACUCGAAAAGAUUUAGGGAUUUCAUUGGGAGAAUUUUUAUAGAAGACAGGUAGAAACUAAAAAACGCCGAUGAAAUUGCAAGAACCAGUCUGCUAUAACUUAACAUGGAUUUUGCUUGAAUCCGAGCAGCUGCACCUUUUUAAGGGUAGAAAUGCAGGAACUAUUGCCAUUCCCGGCCAUCCAGCAGUAGGAUGAGCUAUAAUAUUUAAGAGAGCUCGACUUCCACCUAGACCUUGACGGGCGAGUUUUUUAAGGUGGUGUUGCAGGCUGAAUUUUGAUGAUCAGCCAUAAAGAUGGAAGGGAGAAAAAGCUUAUGUGUACAUUCAGGGGGUGAAUUUUUUUCAUUAUUUUUUUAAUUUUCUGAUUACAUUUUCUGAAAAUUUUGUGGGGAGGCAAGGCAAGCUAAGGAUUGUGAAUUGUGAAGAUUUGAAAGAUAGGUAUAGGGAAGAGGGAAAAUGUUUCCCAGUGAGAAAGAUUCAAAAAAACAAAUGGGGGGUGGACCUGGAAUAAGAAAUUGUACAGUUUAAUAGAACCUAAAACAAAAAGAAAUUGAUAGUAUUAUGAAAUUUCUUGGAUAUAUUAUAUUUAUAUUAUUUAUUUA